AUGCAACGGCACUUUUUGUACAUCCAAGUUUGUGGGAAGUUGCUAUUAGUUAUUUAAGCUAUUGCCCAACACAAGGAAGACAUUUCAUGUGUUCGCUGGUUGAGAGAGUUCCACUGACCACCUCAACGAAAGCUCUUAAACUGAUAAGACUCUGUCAACGCUACGAAAUGACAGAAGAAGCCCAGAGUAUCUGCCGUGUACUGGCCAGGAGGUGCUAUGGUGAUGGUAGGAUGGGAUCAGCUCUCACCUGGUGCAUUAAAGGACAGGAUGCUACCUUUGCUGCCUUCCUAGCUGAGAAGUAUUUUGAUUUUUAUGAAAGUAUUGGUGAAUUUGGUGACCUCAGUAUUCUUGAUUAUCUUGGUGAUGCUGUCCUCCUCAGCAACAGGCUUGCCUUCUUAAGUAAGUAUAGAGAUUUUCACAAACAAUAUUCUUUUGGUAAUUACGAGGCAGCUGGACAAUUACUAGUCAGCCUUCUAACAUCAGGAAUCACACUUAAAAAAUAUUGGUUGACACUAUUGACUGAUUCUAUUCCAUUACUCCAAAUACCUGACAAGUGUGUAUUCAGUUCAGCUGAUACAUAUGAAUUACUUCACAUACUACAAGAGAUUGACAACACCUCUUCAUACUCUGAUCAAAAAGACAUGAUAACAUCACAAGAUGAGUUCAGUAUCAACAAGAUAUCAUUACUAAGAUUAGCACUAGUGAGGAAUCUACAAUCAUCCCUUGUCCUCAGAGAAAGAAAGCACUAACAUUAAAGACAGCUCACACACAAAAUCAUGCAUUACUUUUGUAACAUUACAUAAAAGAAUUUAAUAUUCAGUCUGAUGGGAAGGGAAUGAAAAAACUUUAAAGUAUUUUUCAUACUAUCAGAAUCAAUCAUUAUCUCUUGAAUUAUAA